GGGUGGUCGGGCAUCGCCGGCACCCGGGGAGGUGAUGGAGGACUGGGCGACGACCGACGCUAGAGGGGAAGGCUGUUUGGCUGGCCGUGGGUUGCCGCGGGUAGCCGUUCGUGGCAGCGGAUUGAUGUGGUUGGCUGGGUUGGUGGUUUACUAGUUUUGGUUUUUUUUGUUUUUUUUUUUUAAUUACCUACUCAAUAAUUCACCAGUGAGUGUUAUUGGCGGAAAUAGUAUAAAGUUUGGAUUAACAAAAAAAUAAAUUGAAGUUGGGAUUAAUAUUGGUGGAUGAGGCAAAGUUGAAAUUAAUCAUGCCAAUCUUUUAAUUUUUUUUUUUAUUUUUUUUUACAAACAAUUUUCCUAUAAUUUAAUCUCACAUAAACCUUUAUAAACACGGGGGUUUAUUCCGGAAACUUCGACAAUAUUCUACCAACACCCAACCUUCCAGACAACUCGUUACAAAUCCUCAACAAUCCAAACAAAUUCCCCUUCAAAUUAUUGCUCAACACAUAUUUCUCCUCAAUAUAUAAAGUUAGAAACCACCGUAAUUCACUCUGAUUCGAUUCAAUUAUCACAAAAAUUCUUCUGACAACCCAGAAAAUCCAGCAAAGGAAGCACUGAUUGUUGCAGGACAACAAAAUUAAAAAGUGAAGAAAAGAAAGAGAGAAGAAGAAAAAAUGGGUGUUGAUUAUUACAAGAUUUUAGGUGUUGAUAAGAAUGCUAAAGAUGACGAUUUGAAGAAAGCUUACAGAAAAUUAGCUAUGAAGUGGCACCCUGAUAAAAACCCAAAUAAUAAAAAGGAAGCUGAAGCUAAAUUCAAGCAGAUUUCUGAAGCUUAUGAUGUUUUAAGUGAUCCCCAGAAGAAGGCAGUGUAUGAUCAGUAUGGAGAAGAAGGUCUUAAAGGCGGAGCCCCACCACCAGACGCGGCUGGUGGUCCGGGUGGUGCAACGUUCUUUUCUACCGGAGAUGGACCUACCUCGUUCCGGUUUAGUUCACGGAAUCCAGAUGACAUAUUUGCUGAAUUCUUCGGGUUUUCUAGCCCAUUUGGUGGUGCAGGUGGUGGUGGCGGAGGUGGUGGCAUGAGGGGCUCUAAGUUUUCGAGUAGUAUAUUUGGUGAUGACAUAUUUGGAAGUUUUGCUGAGAAUGGUGGUGGUGGUGGUGGCCCAAUGCACUUCCAAAGCGCUUCGCGAAAGGCGCCACCCAUUGAGAACAAAUUGCCUUGCACUUUAGAGGAACUUUAUAAAGGAACAACUAAGAAAAUGAAGAUUUCUAGGGAGAUUGCUGAUAUGAGUGGGAAAACUAUACCUGUAGAGGAGAUUCUUACAAUUGAAAUAAAGCCUGGGUGGAAAAAGGGCACAAAGAUUACUUUCCCUGAGAAAGGCAAUGAGCAUCCAGGAAUAACCCCAGCAGAUUUGGUCUUCGUAAUUGAUGAGAAGCCACACAAGGUGUUCAUUCGGGAUGGCAAUGACUUAAUCGUAACUCAGAAGAUAUCAUUGGCUGAAGCUUUAACAGGUUACACCGUUCAUCUAACUACUCUUGAUGGCAGAAAUCUUAACAUCCCCAUCAACAAUGUGAUUCAUCCGAGUUAUGAGGAAGUUGUCCCUAUGGAAGGAAUGCCUUUACCAAAAGAACCGAGUAGAAGAGGCAAUCUAAGGAUCAAAUUUGAUAUCAAAUUCCCUACUCGGUUGACCUUUGAACAGAAAGCUGGAAUCAAGAAAUUAUUUAGUUAGGCCACCCAUGGAUGAAUGAACAUCAAGCUAUAGUGCAUCAGUCGAAUGUCACGGAUACACCCAAGGAUUGCAGGAGGUUGAGUUGAAUGAUGUGGGAGGGCAUUGGUUUACAAAUCAAGUGAUUUUGUUGUAGAUGGUUGGACUCUUUUUUUUUUUUUUUUUUUUUUUUUGGGGGUAUUGUAUUUGUUAAUAUUCUUGCUUUCACUGAGUUAUAAUGAGCUGCAACUUGAUAAUUAUAAUGUGACACUUGUGCAACAUUGAACUGUAAUUUAGCUAUGGUCAGGUUUUAGUGUACUUAAUUUUGCCUCCCCUAGUUACUGCUUAUAUGAUAGAAUGUGCCCACAAUUGUCAUUUAUAGAAUUUAAAAUUUCAAUUUACAAAUUGUGAUGUUUUA